UACUGAACGAAUCUACUGCAGUUUUCAUACAUUACCCAAAGAUAGUCAUUUGAUGAACCUUUCAUAUUUGUAGCGUGAAUAAAUUGAUGUUUAACUGAGUUUUCUACGACAGAAAUAAUUGAAAUACAACAGGUGACAAUGACGGUGUACAUCAAAAAUAUACUAGCAAGUUUGCUGCUGACUUUAAACUCUCUAAAUUUUGCAAAAGCCAAUUCUUGUAAUGGUGUGGCAAGAUACACGUUGACGUUUCAAGGAGAAUGGACAAGCGCAAGGCAUCCUAACUUUCCUCCAGGUCCUCAUUUCUCUGCUGUCGUUGGUUGUAGCCAUAAAGCUUCAUAUGUUAUGUGGAAAGCUGGGAUUAAAGCCACAACAGGAGUUAAGGAUGUUGCUGAACUCGGAAGUACGUUUGCCAUAAACAGAGAAAUGGACGGUCAGAUAUCAGCAAAAAAUGCUCAUAAAAGAUAUCAAGGUCGAGUAAUAUUUGGAGGAAGAGCGUCAGACAGGAUUACCAAUAUUGAAGUUACUUCAGAGUAUCCUCUUGUAUCCUUCAUAACCAUGAUAGCACCCUCACCUGAUUGGUUCAUAGGUGUUCACGAUUACAGCUUAUGUAAUACCACCACGGGGAAAUGGAAGAAUGAAAUUUCAAGAGAUUUGUUUCCUUAUGACGCUGGAACUGAUAGUGGACUAUUUUUUACAAGUUCCAACUCUCCAACAAAUCCACCUGGGGACAUUCAUCUUCUUACAAAUGAUAUUGAGGGAUCUCUUAAAAGUAACCAACCAGUGAAAAGCUUUGGGACGUUUACCUUUGUGAAGACAUCGGAGGUUAAUGUACCAAUAACAUCGACAUCAGUUUCAACCUCUUCAUCUACAGCACAAACGACCAAGAACAGCAUAUCGUUACAUAGCAGCACAACAGAGGGAAGUCAUGCAAAUCAAGCAAUUGGCAUUUCGACAUCAAUUUUUCCCUCUGAAAUUAGUGUGACCAUCCAUUCUACAUCUGCCGCAUACAUGACAGAAAACAGCGUAUCGCUACGAAACAACACAACAGAAAGAACUCGAGAAGUUCAAGCAAUUGAUACAUCGACAUCAAUUUUUCCCUCUGAAAUUCAUGUGACCAUCCAUUCAACAUCUAAAGUAUACAUGACAGAAAACAGUAUAUCUUUACGAAACAACACAACAGAAAGAACUCGUGAAGUUCAAGCAAUUGAUACAUCGACAUCAAUUUUUCCCUCUGAAAUUCAUAUGACCAUCCAUUCAACAUCUAAAGUAUACAUGACAGAAAACAGCAUAUCUUUACGAAACAACACAACAGAAAGAGCUCGUGAAGUUCAAGCAAUUGACACAUUGACAUCAAUUUUGACCACUGAAACUAAUGUGACCAUCCAUUCAACAUCUAAAGUAUACAUGACAGAAAACAGCGUAUCGCUACGAAUCAGCACAACAGAGGAAAGUCAUGCAUGUCAUGCAAUUGGCACAAAACUUUUACUUUUCUUUCAACUGGCCAUUAUAUUUAUGACUAUAGAUUCAAGAUCACUUUUACUUGAAUGUUUAUCUGAAUUUUCAACGACAGAAAUAAUUGAAAUACAACAGGUGACAAUGACGGUGGACAUCAAAAAUAUUUUAGCAAGUUUGUUGCUGACUUUAAACACUCCAUACUUUGCAAAAGCCAUCUCUUGUAAUGGUCUGGCAAGAUACACGUUGACGUUUCAAGGAGAAUGGACAAGCGCAAGGCAUCCUGACUUUCCUCCAAAUCCUCAUUUCUCUGCUGUCGUUGGCUGUAGCCAUAAUGCUUCAUAUGUUAUGUGGAAAGCUGGGAUUAAAGCCACAACAGGAGUUAAGAACGUUGCUGAACUCGGAAGUACAUUUGCCAUAAACAGCGAAAUGGACGGUCAGAUAUCAGCAAAAAAUGCUCAUAAAAGAUAUCAAGGUCGAGUAAUAUUUGGAGGAAGAGCGUCAGACAGGAUUACCAAUAUUGAAGUUACUUCAGAGUAUCCUCUUGUAUCCUUCAUAACCAUGAUAGCACCCUCACCUGAUUGGUUCAUAGGUGUUCACGAUUACAGCUUAUGUAAUACCACCACGGGGAAAUGGAAGAAUGAAAUUUCAAGAGAUUUGUUUCCUUAUGACGCUGGCACUGAUAGUGGACAAUUUUUUACAAGUCCCGACUCUCCUACAAAUCCACCUGAGAAUAUCCAUCUUCUUACAAAUGAUUCUGAGGGAUCUCUUAAAAGCAACCAACCAGUGAAAAGCUUUGGGACUUUUACCUUUGUGAAGACAUCGGAGGUUAACGUACCAAUAACAUCGACAUCAAUUUCAACUUUUUCAUCUACAGCACAAACGACCGAUAACAGCAUAUUGCUACAUAGCAGUAAAACCGAGGGAAGUCAUCCAAAUCAAACAAUUGGCACUUCGACGUCAAUUUUUCCCUCUGAAAUUAAUGUAACCAUCCAUUCAACAUCUACCGCAUACAUGACAGAAAACAGCGUAUCGCUACGAAUCAGCACAACAGAGGAAAGUAAUGCAUGUCAUGCAAUUGGCACAAAACUUUUACUUUUCUUUCAAAUGGCCAUUAUUUUUAUGACUAUAGAUUCAUGAUCACUUUUACUUGAAUAAAUUAGCAAUGUAAAAUAACUCGUUAUCUCAAAAUUUAAAAUUCUAGAUCUCGCGCUACAUUCUCUUGUUUGUGUUGUGCAAGAAACAAAAAUACAGAACAUUUCACCUUGCUGAUUGCUUUUCAAUUGCUAACAACUCAAUAUUAUUAUUGUGGACACUGUACGUCGACAAAUGGAACUUUAUGCACCCAGUUCAGAUUAUCAUAUUCACAAGCAGUAGCUGUAAAUAGCCAA